AUGUAUACCGUAUUGAUCGUGGUUGAAACACAGGUCUUUCUUCUUUCUGGAGUUCGAACUCCAAUUGCUUCAUUUCGGGGCUCAUUUUCAACAAUAAGUGCUACAGAGCUAGCCGCUACAGCAGCUCGAGCAGCUAUUGAGAGAUCAGGUGCGAAAACUACUCUUUGCUUCAAAAUUCCUUGUUGCGAAACUCGCUCAGGUAUCAAUCCGGAAGAAAUUGAGGAAUCGUUUGUUGGUUGCGUAUUGACAGCCAACUGCGGCCAGAAUGUUGCACGACAAGUUGCCCUCUCUGUUGGUAUUCCUAAUUCAUCACAAGCCGUGACAGUAAACAAAGUAUGUUCAUCUUCUAUGAAAGCUUUAGCUUUUGCUCAUAUGUCAAUCAAAUGUGGCUACCGAAAGAAGGUUCUUGUUGCUGGAUGUGAAAAUAUGAGUCAAGUUCCUUUCUACCUCGAGCGAAACGAAAUACCUUAUGGAGGAACUACCGUGAAGGACGGCUUGGUCAGAGACGGACUGGAAGAUCCUACCCUCAAACAACCAAUGGGACUAUGUGCAGAGAAAUCUGCUAAGAUGAGUUUUGGUUUAGAAAUUUCAUACCUUUUUUAUAGCUAA